AUGUUACGUUUCCUAAAACCCAUAUUAAAAUUACAAUUUUUAGUUAUAAUAUUGGCCGUUGUCGUUGGAAUAUACUAUCCACUAAUUAUUGAACAUUUACAAACAACCUUUUUGGGCAAAAGUGUUGACGUGAGCUUUGAAAGUGCCAAACAAGAACAACAACAACACAAAGAAAAGUUGUUUACCAAAGAAGAACUGGCCCAGUUCAAUGGAGAAAAUGAUAAACCCUUAUAUUUGGCCUUAUUGGGAAGAGUUUACAAUGUUACACGCGGAGCUAAACAUUACGGUUCCGGAUGUGAAUAUAAUUUCUUCGUAGGCCGAGAUGCAUCGGUGUCGUUUAUAACCGGAGAAUUCGAUAACUUUGUCGAGGAGGAAGCUGAUGAUGUGCUUAGCUUGAAACCGGCCGAUCUUCUUGGCUUGCACAACUGGCAAAAAUUCUAUGAAAAAGAUUACGAAUAUAAGGGAAAACUUAUUGGCAGAUUCUACGAUGAACAGGGACAGCUAACCAAAUAUCACCACAAAUACCUGGCCAUAUUGGAGCAGGCUCAAGAUGAGAAAGCUGCCAAUCAGAAAUUACGAGAAAAAUAUCCGGAUUGUAAUAUAGAAUGGUCGGCAGACAAAGGCAGUCAUGUUUGGUGUACAAAAAGCAGUGGUGGCAAGAAUCGUAAUUGGGUUGGUUAUCCACGUAAACUGUUUGAAAUUGGUAAUACGAAUUUCCGGUGUGCCUGUCUAAGAAAAGAAGAUUUCGAUACGACUGAAGUUAUGAUAGCUGAAUAUGACAAUUGUGAACCUUUGUCACACGAAUGUUAUUAUCAAGUAGAUUAA